AUGAGAACCACGUCCCACUUCUUCCCCAAGCUCCCCCGCCACGACCUCACUGACACCUCAGAAACGCCAUUGGACGCCACGGGAACCGCAAAUGGCCCCCCACUUCCCUCGUACCCUCACCCCCUCGACGCCCUCAGCCGCACCCCGUUGACUCCCCACUUACCCCCCUUGGCGCCCCACCACCUCCACCAGCAGUUUCCUCAGAGUAUCCAGGUGUCGCUUAAUCACGGUUUCGACCACGGAUUCAACCUGGUGCUCCAGGCGCCGGCACCGGCACCGGCACCGGCACCGAUCCCGACGAUAUGGAACCACUCGCGCCCCGACCCGCGAGACCUGCUUGGAGCGUCACCGCUGUGGUUUGACGACGGCGAGUUUGACCUCCCGUUAGACCUCAGUAUCGUCGAUGAUGAUGACCCGGUGCUGACGGUAUCAUUCACUGAGUCCAAACCUCAAUUUAUGAAGACGACGUCAAAACCCAAUAUUUACAGCUCCAAAGUGAAUACGCCGGUGUUUGUGCCUGACUCCCAGGUACAAUUAAGCGACCCCUUUGGCUCAGAACUGCUGGCUGGCGGUGAUAAUCGCAAUCUGCCGUCGUUCCCUCCCACCCCACCAACCAUCCCCAGCGCUGCUCCCCGCAUCAUCCUGAAACUGGUCGACCACGACGUUGGUGCUGGCACUAACCUCUCGUCAUUGCAGGCGACUACGCCGCAAACGUCGCCUACCCCGCUCAAAUACCUUAGUCCCCAUCCGGUGCCGGUAGUGCUGCUACCAAAGAUGCUCAAUAAAGCUCCUACCAAGCUCCCUGACUUUGACCACUUGGUGAUGGCUCUGAAGAACGGCGAACUCUACCUGGAAGACUACUGCCUGACGUUUUACAAGCGCAACGACCACGGCUACAUGUUCAUCAGAGAACCGACCACGCUGCUUAAAGUGAACUAUACUGGCAGCAGACAGUGGGUGCAAGUGAAAGUGAAGAUGCCUGGUGUCUCCAAAAAGACUAAGGUCAACAUCAAGAACUUACCGGUGUGGAAACCGCUCAGCCUCAACCCCGUGGUCAAUAAGCGCAAGGACAAGCGGCGCCGGUGGAAGCGCUUCCAGCUGGUGUGA